AAUCACGCACUAUCUCACUCGCACUAUCACACCACAAUUUAAAACAAAACAAAACGAAACAAAGGAAAGCAUAUUUAGUAAAAAACAAAGGAAAGAAAUGUUGAGAAGUCUUCAGUUAUACUCCUCCAACAAAACCGUUCUAGCUCUUAGACUUUCUCCAAUCUUCAUUAUCUUAUUUUCUCUGAUCACUUAUAAUGGCUGCUUUGUCAAAGCUCGUAUCUUCAUCUAUGCAGGCUGUUCUCAGGAGAAGUAUGACCCCAACUCACCCUAUGAAGCUAACCGUAACUCUCUCUUGGCAUCAGUUGUUAGUUCAUCUUCUCAAGCCGCAUACAAUAGCUUUGUUAUUGGAAAUGGAACCUCAACGCCACCUGAAGCCAACAUAUAUGGUUUAUAUCAGUGCAGGGGUGAUUUGCAGACUACUGACUGCUCCAGAUGCAUUGAAAGUGUCGUUAAUCAGAUUGGUUUGGUUUGUCCAUACUGUUAUGGGGCUUCUUUGCAACUAGAAGGAUGUUAUGUAAGAUAUGAGCAUAUAGAUUUCUUAGGAAAGCUUGAUACAAGUCUUAGGUAUAAGAAGUGCAGUACACAUGUAAAUAACGAUGUUGAGUUCUAUAAACGCAGAGAUGAUGUUUUAGCUGAUUUGCAAACAGCUAUUGGUUUUAAAGUCAGUAGUUCUGGUUUAGUCGAAGGUUUUGCACAGUGUUUGGGUGAUUUGAGCUCAACUGACUGCACUACUUGCCUUGCCGAAUCUGUUGCCAACUUGAAGAAUUUAUGUGGCUCCUCUGCUGCUGCUGAUGUGUUCCUGGCUCAGUGUUAUGCCCGCUACUGGGCAUCUGGCUACUACGAUUAUUCAGAUUCUUCCAACGAGGACCAAGUUGGAAAAACAGUCGCCAUUAUUGUUGGUGUAUUAGCAGCUGUAGCAGUUCUCAUUGUUUUCCUCUCAAUUUGCAGAAGAUUUAUGGACUAAGCAGACAGAUCGUCAUGUGAUUUUUGUUCAGUGAUGGAGGGUGAGCAACAUCCAUGUUGAAGGUUGGUUUAUAAUAUUGUAAUUGCAGCCACUCUGUUAUCUUCAACUUUUUUCCCGUUUUAAUACACUGUGAUAUAAAGUAGCAAUGUUCUAUAAUCUCCAAUCAAAAGGGCUGCUGAUUUCCUUCAUUCAAGCUGUACACACAUUAUCCACUUUUUCAUAUUUUAUUUCAAAGUUUAAUUUACUUUUUUGGCA